AUGACCGCCUCAAAGAUACGUUUGGCAAUCCUGGAUGACUACCAGGGGAUUGCUGCUGCCAAAUUCGCUCAUCUGCAGCCCAAGGUUGAAGUCACAACGUUUUCUGACACUAUCAACCCUAGCGGCAAGGUGGAGAAAGAUGCUCUCAUCGAUCGCCUUCGACCCUUCACUGUCAUUUCGACCAUGCGGGAACGAACACCUUUGCCCGGAGAUGUAGUCAGAGCUCUACCGAACCUCAGAUUGCUUCUGACUACGGGAAUGAAAAAUUCGGCAAUCGACAUGGCUGCCUGUGCUAAGCAGAACAUCAUCGUCGCAGGUGCGAAAGGGAUUGGAAAGGCUGGUGACGCGAGCUCGCCGACCUCGAUCGAUUCCACCUUGCAACAUUGCUGGGCACUCAUUCUGGGCAUCGCCCGCAACAUCGCUCGUGACGAUGCCGCCGUCAAGUCUGGGCUCUGGGAGAUUUCUCCGGCCACAGGGUUGAAAGGCAAAACGCUUGGCCUACUGGGAUUUGGCAACUUGGGGGCACGGGUUGCCGCGGGAGGUGUGUGGGCAUUUGGAAUGAAGAUCCUCGCAUGGUCGAGUAGCCUCACGCAGGAGGUUGCUGAGCAGAAGGCCAAGUCAUUCGGCCUUCCCCCGGGCACGUUCAAGGUGGCGAGCAGUAAGGAGGAGCUCCUGAAGGAAGCGGACGUGUUGAGCAUCCACUACGUUUUGUCCGAACGAAGCCGAGAUCUUCUCGGGGAGAGGGAGCUCGCUUUGCUCAAACCCUCGGCACUCUUGAUCAACACCUCGAGAGGCGCCCUCAUCAAUGAGAAGGCUUUACUGGAUACUUUGAACCACGGCAGGAUCAAGGGCGCGGCUUUGGAUGUCUAUCAUGUGGAACCGCUACCGCUAGAUAGCCCGUGGCGAACAACUGCUUGGGGGAAGGAUGGCAGAAGCCAAGUGCUACUCAGCCCACACAUGGGAUACGUGGAGGAAGGAGUCAUGCAUCGAUGGUACGAGGAUACAGCGUCGAACCUGGAGCUAUGGCUGGAAGGCAAAGACAUCCCGACAAAGCUCAAUUGA